AUGCCGGAGAUCUGCAUUGCAGCUUUUGAAUUGGGUUUGAGGCCGGGUGGUUUAAACAGUAAUUUGAGUAGAAAACCUGUGGAGACAAUGGCGCAUUUACGCGAAAGGGUGCAGGGAUACAUCAGGGAGGAGCAGAGCGAUCAGAUAAAAAAUAACCGCCCAAACGCAGUGGUUACAGGGCAGAAACAGCAGUUGGAGGCGAAGAAGGGAUGGACUGAACGUGGCAACGCGGGGUAUAACAAUCGCAAUCGUUAUGACGGUCGAUUUGAUAACCGUUCCAAUUUCAAAAAUCGUGCUCAGCCGUAUGGGGUGCGUGGGUCUGGACAUUCAAUGACGUGGACUCGGAACCAGAAUGAUCGUGCAAUGCCUUUGGCGGUUAAUCUUACUGAAGCCUUACACACGUGUUUAGAGGUGAAUACGGGAGAUGAGGCUUUGAUUAAAGCAGGGUGCGUGCAACAUUUGGCAGGGCGAAAUAACUCUGGAGAGGCAGAAACUUCAGUUAGGCGAGACGAUGGAGGAAAAGAAAUUGAGAAUGAAGGACAAAAGAAGCAACAAGAUGGAAAAGCAAAGGGACGAAUUCACUCUAUUUUCGGUGGGUUUCGGGGUGGCGGAACAACCAAUUCAGCUCGGAAGCGAUACAUGCAUUCCAUAAAUGCAGUGUAUUCUAAUGAUUGGGGAAGCUGGGCUAUUAAUCAACCUGAUAUUACUUUCACUGUACGUGAUUUUGAAGGAAUUCAACCGCAUGAAAAUGACCCAAUAGUGGUGAUGUUACGAAUUGCUGAUUACGAGAUUGAAAGAGUGUUAUUGGACCAAGGAAGUUCAGCUGACUUGAUAUAUGGUGAUGCGUUUGAGAAGUUGGGGCUGACAGAGUCGGAUUUGUUACCUUAUGAUAGAGCUUUGGUGGGAUUUUCAGGAGAAAAAGUCUAUGUUAGGGGAUAUGUGGAGCUGAACACAGUUUUUGGUGAAGGGAAGAAUGCGGAGUCAUUUUCUAUCAAGUUUUUGGUAGUGAAAUGUACUUCGCCAUACAAUGUACUCAUUGGAAGACCAUCGUUGAACAGGUUGGGGGCGAUCAUCUCAACAAGGCAUUUGACAGUUAAAUAUCCCUUAAGCAAGGGUGGAGUUGGAAUUUUGAAGGCGGAUCAGAUGGUAGCUCGCAAGUGCUAUUCAGAAAGUUUUAAGCAGUAUGGUCAUUUGGGAAAGAAAGCGGUAAAGGAGGGACACAGAGUUUAUGAAGUGGAAGUGGAAAAAGCUGAGGUUAGUUUGGACCCUCGUGAUGGUUUUCUUGAUCAUAAGAUGACAUCAGAGGAAGAAACUAAGGCGAUCGAGAUUGGAGAAAGAAGCUUGAAGGUUGGUGUCAACCUUACAGCGAGUCAAGAGGACAGAUUAGUGAAGUUGUUGUCCCUGAACAUGGAUUUAUUUGCUUGGAGCGCCAAGGAUUUUCCUGGGAUUGACCCAGAGUUUAUUUGUCACAAAUUGGCACUUAACCCUGGGGCGAAACCAAUUGUCCAGUUCAAGAGAAAGAUGGGUGAAGAGAAAGCAGAGGCUGUUAAGGUGGAAACUAAUAAGUUACUAGAAGCAGGAUUCAUCAGAGAGGUCAAGUAUCCAACAUGGUUGGCGAAUGUAGUUAUGGUGAAGAAAGCUAAUGGUAAGUGGCGGAUGUGUACUGACUAUACAGACUUAAAUAAGCAUUGUCCAAAAGAUUCUUAUCCUUUGCCAAACAUUGACAAACUUGUUGAUAGAGCAUCUGGUUUUGGCAUGCUUAGUUUUGCAUAUUCAGGUUAUCAUCAAAUUAGGAUGUACCAACCUGAUGAGGAAAAGACAGCCUUCAUGACAAACCAGGCGAACUAUUGUUAUCAAACAAUGCCAUUUGGGCUGAAGAAUGCUGGCGCUACAUAUCAGAGAUUGAUGGACAAAGUGUUUGACAAGCAGGUGGGGCGAAAUAUGGAGAUAUACGUGGAUGACAUGGUGGUCAAAUCAGAGGAAGUGUUGGGACAUUGUUCAGACUUGAAGGAAGCUUUUGGUGAAUUAAGGAAGCACAAUAUGAGACUCAAUCCUGAGAAAUGUUCGUUCGGAAUUCAGAGCGGGAAGUUCUUAGGCUUCAUGAUUACAAGGAGGGGAAUUGAGGUGAAUCCAGACAAAUGUAAGGCGAUACUGGAAAUGCAGAGCCCAACUUCAGUGAAAGAUGUGCAGAAGCUAACUGGGAGGAUUGGAGCUUUGUCAAGGUUUUUACCGUGUUCUGGGAACAAAUCUGCACCAUUCUUUCAAUGUUUGCGAAAGAAUAAAGCGUUUCAGUGGACUGAAGAAUGUGAGAGAGCGUUCCAGAGUUUAAAAGAACAUUUAUCCAGCCCUCCAGUCUUGUCUAAACCAAUGCCAGGUAUUUCACUGUCAAUGCUUAUUUCAAUAUCUGAUAAUGCUGUUAGUUCUGUUUUGUUGCAAGAGAUUAAAGGAGAUGUGGAAAUUAUAUAUUUUGUGAGCCAUGCUCUUCAAGGGGCUGAGGUUCGUUAUCAGAAAAUUGAAAAGGCGGCAUUAGCCUUAAUCAUAUCUGCCAGGAAAUUAAGACCUUAUUUUCAAGGCUUUCCUGUGGUAGUCAAAACUGACUUACCUCUUCGCCAAGUCUUACAAAAGCUUGAUCUGGCUGGAAGAAUGGUAUCUUGGGCUGUUGAAUUAUCAGAGUUUGGCAUUACUUUUGAAAAGAAAGGGGCGAUUAAAGCACAGGUGCUGGUAGAUUUUGUGAAUGAGAUGUAUCAUGAGGAUAACAGUGAAGCAGGUGAAUGGAGCUUGUCGGUAGAUGGAUCAUCAAAUGUUAAAGGCAGUGGUGCUGGCAUAAUCUUAGAGGGACCAAGGGGCGUAACUAUUGAGCAGUCACUCAAGUUUGAUUUUAAAGCAAGUAAUAAUCAGGUAGAGUAUGAAGCUAUCAUUACAGGUUUGAAGCUGGCGAUAGAAAUGGGAGUCAAGAAUAUUACAAUCAAGACAGAUUCGCAGAUAGUUUCAAGACAGAUUCAAGGUGAGUAUCAGGCGAAGGAUGCACAGUUGGCAAAGUACCUAGUCAAAGCACAGGGCUUGAUAAAGCAAAUUGGAGAAGUUCAAAUAAAUCAUGUGCCAAGAGAUGAGAACACGAGGGCUGAUAUUUUAUCGAAAUUGGCAAGUACUAAGAAGCCAGGCAAUAACAAGUCAGUUAUACAAGAAGUUUUGAAUAGCCCAAGUAUUGAAGCUGAUGAAGUUAUGGCACUACCGGCAGUUGCAAGUUUGGAUUGGAUGGGGCGAAUAAAGAAAUGCUUAGAGGCAGAAGGGGCGGAGCUAGCCAUGUUCACAAAGGAUUAG